AUGGAUAAGGGCAUGGAGAUAGAUGAUAUUUUACAAGAAUUUGAGGAAAAGUCUAAGGAGCAGAAUAUUAGAUCAUCCAAGUUUCAAGAUGACAAUAUAUAUAAUAGCUUAAUCGCGGCAAUGUUGAAUGAAAGGAUGUCUCCAGAAAUUUUACCGUAUCAAAAAGACUUGAUGAGGAAAGUAUUGGAGCACUUAUCUAAUCAACAGCAGUAUCUAUUAGACUCCCAUGAAUAUGGAGAUUUGAAUCUAGAGUCGGGGAUUGUUUCGGGAGACUUUAAGCUUCAAUUAAUGAUAAUGGAAACAGACAUUGAACGGGUUAAUUAUCUUGUAAGAUUGUACCUUAGAACGAGACUAUCGAAAUUAGAUAAAUUUACGCUUCAUUAUAUAAACGAAACCUCGAAAGAGUCUAGUCCACUUUUAUCUGAAGAAGAAAAGGACUAUAUGCAUAAACACUUCAAAAUUCUUACAGAGCUUUACAAUAAUUGUUUCCUCAAGAAAAUGCCGGAGUAUUUAACCUACUUGGAUGAUACAAGUGGAGGAAAAUCUAUGAUUUCAAUACCAGAUCUCAAUGUACCUGUAUUUAUAAAAUCUGUUUCAAAAGAACCCAUAAUAAUACAUAGUAAUGAUGAUAAUGACGAUGACCUUGAGAUUGUGUUGAAUGGAAUCUACGUGGUCAAGUACAGCUUGGUGAAAAAAUAUAUAGAACUAGGUGACAUAGUUCUAAUAUAG